GGACCGUCACCAUCAGUUCGUCUCGUCGCGUUCGUUGAUGGCGUAGCGUUGUUCGGAGGCGACCUUCACGUCUCCCCACUCACAGCUCCUCUUCUUGCUCCGCUUUGUCUCUUUCCUUUGCUCGGAUCAAGACCGCCAUCGACGAUCCAGAAGGGAGGGAUCUUUUGGAUGCCACUAUGUUGCCCUCGGUGGAUGAUCGAUUCCCCGUAUCCUUCUACUUCAGAAUCGCCGACCAACUGUUGAAGCAGGCUGAUGUUUAUCGGAAAGAAGGGAAUUUAGACUGUCUUCACCUUACUCUUAACCGUUACGUCAGGUUGGUGUCCCAGGUGAUUCCGCAGCAUCGGAAUUACUCCAAGCACUCAUCAAAGGAAAAACUUCGUCAUACGAAAAUUCUGCAAGAGUCGACCAAAGAGGCUGAAAAGUUGAAGUUAUUAGCUACGACUAACAUCAAUUCAAGUGGUUCGCAGCUAGGUAGGAGAUCUAAGAAUAGCGCAAAUAACUUCAGAUCAACAUCGCAAAGGUGGACCAAGAAGAUUUUGAACUUUUCUAGCUUCAAGGAAGGGAAGAUUGGACAUUACGAUUCAAGAACAUGUCAAAGAGGUGAUGACAAUGAAGUUCAUGUUGUGAAGCACUACUUUCCUUCUUCUGUUGUUUCUUGGGUAGAGGAGGGAGGUUCUUCUGGGCAAGUUUCUCAUGUUAUUUUUCCCAGUUCAAACGAUGGUAAUUCAAAAUGUAUAUCUGAAGGAUCUUCAACUUCAGACUCUACUAAGGAUAUGCAUAUAUCAGUGAAAUUGACUGAAGAAUUUUUGGAUCUUGCUAAAGAAAACACACAUAGGGACUUAGAGACUUGCGGCAUUCUUGGUGCUUUUCUUAAGAAUCACACUUUCUACAUUACAACACUAAUAAUACCAAAGCAGGAGUCAACUUCCAAUUCAUGCCAGGCAUUAAAUGAGGAAGAAAUUUAUGCCAUAUUGGAUGAGAGGUCUCUUUAUCCUGCAGGAUGGAUUCAUACACACCCUUCACAAACUUGCUUUCUGUCAUCGAUAGAUUUGCAUACUCAGUACUCAUACCAGGUCAUGCUACCCGAGGCAAUAGCAAUCGUCUUGGCACCAACAGAUCCUUCAAAGGGAUGCGGAAUAUUUCGUCUGACCGAUCCCGGAGGAAUCGCUGUUCUGAAAGAAUGCAACGAGAGGGAUUUCCAUCCUCACUCUACCACCGCCGACAGUAGUCCGAUCUACGAGAUCUGCUCCAAUAUUUAUACAAAUUCAAACCUGCGGUUCGAGAUCAUCGACCUCCGAAUCUCGUCCUGAUCAUCUUCAGCUGAUAAUAUGAUAUGUGUGUAUGUAUAUAUAUAUAUACAUAUAAAGACUGCAAAUCUAUGUAUAGGAUUGAGUUCUCAACUAAGUUAACUGUUAGCAUCUAGGUGAAGAACAAAGUUGUGAGAAAUUCUUGUAAGAGUAGUUAUGAAAUGCAUUGCUUGCACUAAGCAAUUCACAUGGCUAAAAACAUUUUUCGCUUAACUAACUUUCAGUGAGAAACAAUAAUUUUAUUA